AUGAGCGGUACGGAGAGAAAGUCUUGGUCGGAAGUUCUCCCUCUUCUGUUCAACUUGCUUGUGGAAAAUGCCGACAGAAUCGUAGAUGACACAAGCUUAGAAAGAAUUCUUGAGUGGCUAAAGAAUGUUUGCGAAACAGAUCGAGAACUGCAAAAGUUACUGCAAUGUGGAACAGUCGAGUUCAUAUCAAGGGAGCAAGUUUUCUCUAAUCCUGAAUCCGGCGGAUUCUUCCUGAGACUUUUUGGUUUUCUUGUCGCAAAGGCUGAGUUAUUCAGAUCUUUCAGUUGUGCCCAAGAUGGAGACUUUUUAUCCAGAUUUCUAGACAAGCCUAAAAGUGAACCGGGUCUUUGGAAUGAAGGGAUAGUCAGGCAUGGAUAUUUUCAAGCAUUGCUUUCUCUCACAGAGCACGAAGAUGGUGUGGCAUGGCUGAGAAUCGGAGGUAGUCGUAGAGAACCGCUUGUACAUCCAGCUUCAAUGAUUGGUCCGAUUAUAAUCAAUCAUGAAAUUUUUUAAAUCAGCUAGAGCAAGCAGUAGAGGUGGGGCGAGGGGGAAGGGCUACCCUUAUGUGCCACCCAAUAUGUACAUGGUACACACUCGGGGGGGGGGGGCUUAUUUUAGAGGGGGGCUUAAUAUAAUAGAGGAUUUCAGUAAUGGCAUUUGCUGCUAAGAAAUGAGAAAAAAACUGUGCCAAGUUAACAUUCGCAAAGAUUCCCGGGACUGUUAAAAUGGGACAGGAAAAAAUUUGGCCAAUAGCUGAAUGUCGCAUCCCAAGUUACAAUCCCAGGAUUCUUUUUGAAAGUUAACUCUGUCCAGUUUUCUUCUAGAAGUGGUAAAUAAAUUGCCUUUUCCCUGAAAAUGGCUGGACCUUUGUAAAGCUCUGAUAACCACCUAGAAGGGUGGUCCUGUCUCCAGUGAGGAACAUUAAAAUACAUUACUGCGCUUUUCACAAACAUGCGAACUCUAAAGUUCAAAAGCUGCCUUCACAUUUGUGUUUUUCGCUGCAGUCAAUCAUAAUUGCAAUCAGCAGCAACGAACGUUGAAACACAGAAACACACAAAACGUCAGUUGGCUUUUGAACUUCAGAAUUCGCAUCUUUGUGAAAAGUACAGUACAUGUAACAUUCAAAUAAACUGUUAAGGUGGCUCAAUUGAUUUCAGUGUCCCUCUUUUUUUUUAUGCAGGUCACAUUGAUUUUGCCUUAGACUGUAUCACCGACAGAAGCAUGUUUGUGGCCAAAUCAGCCCAGAGUUUGAUUGCAAAGUAUCUCAUCAGAGAGAGUAACUGGAUUCUUUCCAGCGACUCAGAAGAAUUGAUGUCAAACAAUACUGUGGAAGCUAAUGACCCUAGGCAUGUCAUUGACAGGUUGAGAUCAAUGUUAAAUUCAGAAUGCACAGCAUCUAGCCCUGCACCUGUCGCAGUUUUUGAAGUUAUGAGAAUGUUGGUGUUGGAGGAUUCGUUCCGUGGGCAGAAAGUUUUACAAGAAAGCAAGCUGUUUCCUCAUUGCUUGGAUUUGAUUAAAGCUGGCAGUGCAACAGUCUGUGAAAAACUGGUUGACAUGUUGUGUGAAUUUGCAAAAAAUACGAGGUAACCACUUUUCUGUCAAUAAAUUGCAGUGUUUGGUUGCGAUGAUUUAGGUGAAGCAACAUAAUUUUCUUUUUACUCAGAUCGUGGGAAUUGAACUGGGAUAGUUUAUUCUCAACAGAAGAGUCAAGUACCUCAAGUGUUCUUCUUGGGUCAUGUGUUGAUCUUUUUAAAAAGGGCCUUAUUGUUAGUGGACUUGAGUUGGUAUCUGGGCUAGCCUUGUGUCAAGGAAGUUCCAGGUAUGAAUCUUACAAUUUAUGGCAGUUUCUGUUUAUUAAGUUCAGCUCCAGUCGUGGUAUCAACAAAAAUCCAUAAAUCCUUCCUAUUCAAAGAAUUACUUUUAUGGUUUUAUGGAAGGGUCCAUGCAUGCAUGGGGAUGAAUGCACUGGAGAUUUUCACAAAUGCUAUGAUCCACAAGUCAAGUAAAUUCUCAGGAUCUAGUGCCUGAAAGGCCAGUGAGUGCUAAUCAAAGAUAAAAAUUUAAGCCAAACAAAUGAGUUAAUUUUUGCAAAGAAAUGAGUUAUGCAGACUGUUGUCUUUGAUUAAGUAGUAAUGUAUAAAUUAUGUGCAACCUGUAAGUGUUUCUAUGGACACAUUUGAUGGAAUUAACAGCUUUGCGUUUGUGCAAGUUGGGGAUGUAUAGUUUGACAAUGCUCUGCUCAUGUCCUGUUUUAUCUCCCCAUCAUUUUUUUUCAAAGAAAAGUGUAUUUUGCAUGUUUUUGACUUUUAAGAAUAACACGACCUGCUUAAUACAGAUACCCUGUUAAUUCAGACCCUGCAUAUCCAUGCAGCUUUUAAAAUUAACUUCAAUUAACCCAUUAAUUUUAUUAUAUUUGAAUAUUUUAUUACAUUUCAUUGUGAAAAAUAAAUUCAGAAUUUUUAUGUCUGGUUCUCUUUAUCUAGAAAUUUUACUCACAACUGGUUGGAAGCUCUUUUUGAUACUGUUAAGUUGCCAUUUGAGUUGUCAUUAAGUCUGCUUUGUCAGGACAAUGGAGAAUUGCAAAAUGGUGAACAUAGUGUCAGUGAUGACGGUGGAGCUCUAACUACAGGAUCAAUAGUUAUUGAUGGCCUAAUAGCAGAUGACAAACAAAAAAAAUUGAUUGCCAAGGUAUUUUUUGCAUUCUAUUAAAGCUUCAUCACCAUAAUAAACUCCUUUGUGUAAGUUAAGAGUGGUUAGAAAUUUUUACCCACUCAGGUCAUUAGCUAAACCAUUCAAAGUGCUUGUCCCAUUGUUUUCCAAUUGUUGGAGUUGGUUCUUAGCUUUCAAUGGAAAAUCAUAAGUGUACAAAGUCCUGGAGAAGGUCACAUUAUUUUUUGUUGCUGCUUUGUUCAGGGUGCAAAGAAAGUCUGUUUUACAGCCUGCCAUUCGGGCAAGCUGUAGCUAGCAUGUACUAGCCCACAAGUCAUUUCAACUAGCCCCAAAACCCUUUUUGAUUAGCAGGAUUGAUUACAAUCCUUCUGUGUUUUGAAUUUCCCCAAAAAACAGCACUUGCCCGUUGGGCAAGUUAAGAACAAAAAUCACUAGCCAAAUAGUAAAAUCCACCAGCCCUUGGCUAUCCGGGACACGACUUUCUUUGCAUACUGGUGUUGAUAUCCAGUGAAUGUUUAUUUUUUAUAUAUUUUAUUUUUAUUUAAGUUAUUUUUCUAUGUUUUUUUUUGUGAGCAGGAACACCUUCAAUGUAUAUUGUCCCCCAAAAUUAAAGAAUGUUGUUCCGUCACACAAGUUGUUUGUCAAGCACUUGCUGCAGCACAAAGUCUCAUUAAUCAGGUGAUGAUUCUACAAGCUUUGUUAUCUCCCUGCUUAUAUUACCUAAAAGAUGAACUCAGCAUCUAAGAGUAUUUAGCAGUAACUCUCCACAACAGCCCGGCUCCUUCAGGAUGGAGGUGUUGUGCAGGGGUAGACCCAGUAAUUUUUUAUUGGGGGGAGGCAGGUAGGGUCCAAACUUUGAUUCACAAAAAGACUGUUGAACUUUUUUGGGGGCAAAUUACUGUCCUUCUCCCCCACACUCCCUCCCACUAGUCACGGUUGCACGUAUUCCCUGGCUCUCUUUCAUGAAAAAAAAUCAGCCUGUUAAAAAGUGAUAUAUGAUCCUGUUGAUGUAAGAAUUUCAGCCUUAAACAAGUGUCAGGUCUGAUAGGGGGCUCUGGACCUCCCGGACCCUCUCCCUUAGGUCCGCCACUGUUUUGAUAGGGAGAUUGGUUUAUACCCCCUGUAGUUCUCUUAUUUUAAGGGAUGUGCAAUGGUGACCAUUAGUAGAGGUUUCACUGUAUUACUGUACAGAUAUUUCAAACCAAUUUAACUCAUCACCACUAGAUGUGCUUGAGAACUUGUGCCUUAAAGGUUGGACGGGAGCCUGAGCACCUCAGGCAUGUUAAGGAGGUGUUCAUGGCAACUCGGCGAGUGAGAACCACCCCUGCAUGCAUCCGCCAACUGGCACUGUAGCACUGAAGAGACAAUUGGUGGAACAUACUCACCUGACCCCAUACUUACCAAAAAGGGGGGGAGGGAAGGGCUGGGAGCCAGAAUCUGCAAAGAUUCAUGUUAACAACAGAUCCGCAAAGAUCAGCUCAAAAUGCCAGCAUGUGAUGCAACAUUAGUUACAAGAUAAGCAAAAGGCCCCUGCGGCCACCCCAGAGAUCACGUACUGGUUUGCAAUUUAACUCUACCUAAAUUACAUUUAGCCACAAAUUAAAAUUACCUUAUCUUCCUUUGAAUAUAACAACGUACUCUCGCUAAGAAUAGGGAUGUGCUGAGAGCAAGAGGUCUAGGUCUCUUUAACAUUAUUGUAUGCAACAAUGUUUUUCAUUUGCUGAAUCAUCUUCGUUUUUUGUUAUUUUCUCUGUACAGGCCUCAACAGCACAUUCUUGUUAUGUGUUUCUCUGGCUGAAGCAUAGUCUAGGCCUCGUCCAAUGGUGUAUCAGCCCAAACAAUCAGUCCAUCUCUCAAUUCCACAGCAAUCAAAAAGUGGUCAAAGCUUGCCUAGGAUUCAUUUCCAGUCUCACUGAAAUGCAGAAUUCAAAAGGUGAUCUUUGAGAACAUCUAUCGCUUGCUAAAGCUAUAUAUACAGCCCCACAUUCACUCGCGGUCGACUGCUUUGCGGCCAAACAAGGCUCGCUCCACUCGCCAAGAGGUCGACUUGUAGCAAGUCUACACAUUCACUACAGUUAAACAUGAGAAAUUUGCGAAAGCUAGGCAAAAAACAUUAAAGCUAAGGUUAUGUUGUUACUUUUACUUUUCAAAGUUUAAUAUGUUACCACUUUGCUGUCAGUAGACUGUCAGGAGUCUAUAUUGCAUAUUUUUAUACUUAGUCUUCUGAGAUUUAGAGGCCCUAAUUAAUUUGGCUCUGUAAAUUAUCCUGGUGUUUACUCACAACAUUUUUUUAUUGCAGUUAUUUUGGAACACACUGAUUCUUGCACUGUAAAUCAAAUGUUUAAUGACGUGGUCGUUACACUAGUUCAACUUAUUGAGAGUUCAGAGUCAAGUGCAUCUGUGAGUAUUUUCAUUAUUAUCCUUGAAGCUCCAGCUCACCAAUGUCCAUCAGAAACUUCAUGCUCUUUUUGUCUUUUGGGAAAAGUAGCCUGCAAUAUUCAAAACUUUGCACAGCUUAUUUAUUAUGGUACAAUAAGCCAUUUAGAAAACUCAAAUAGAGAGACUCAUGCGGUCAAUAUGCUUAACAUCGAGAUGACCCAACAUUAAACAAAAAAAUAAAACCACUCGGUAAUAAAAUAUUCUUCCAUUUAAAUAUCACAUCUUGUCUUGUUUCUGCAUAAGAAGAGAAAUGAGCGCUAGGCAUGUGCAUACCUCGUUCUUUCAGCCACUGAAGAGGGGAAGUCAAUUAGGGAACUGAACCAACACGUAAUCGAAAUGACUUGAGACUUUGGCGAAACGACCGUAAACCAUGGGCCAGGGCUCAAGCUACAACCCUUAGGUGUGAAUUCUGAUGCUCGGAUCUCUACACCUCCAAAUUAAACUUCCUCAUAUUUUAAAACUAACUAAAAUCCUACAUUUUACCUCCUGUUUUUAUCUGUUGUAAAGGUGAUCUCCAGUUCUUUGAAGACAUUAGGAAAACUACUCAACGUCACCAGGGAAGAAUUUAUCACUGAACUGUUCAGCUGCCAAAGAGAGAUUCCCACAAAGCAAGCGCGACUUGACAGUAGUGAUUCGUGGAAAGAUGUUCAACAGGAGAUGACUGUUAAAAGAGUAGACAGUGAGAAGCUGGCUUUGGUGCUCUCUCAGAGAUUACGUGACUCCAGAUGGGAAGUUAAAGACUCAUCUCUGGAGUUUGUUGCUUCUCUCUUGCAAGUUAAUCAUGGUUAGUCUCUGAAAAAUCAUCUUCAAUUUUCUUGUUGUUCAGAGACACACAACAUCUUCCUUCAUAACUUAAGAUAUCCAAGAUUAACUCAGGUUAUAUCUCUCAGAUGAUCGUUAGUAAGAAUUGUAAACCCCGUAUUCAGCGGACCCCAACGGGAUCUUCUACUACCGUCCACUUACUUAAGGUUUCCGCUUAGGUUGUUUUACAGAAAAUAUGAGAGAAAAAAUAUUAGAGACUAAGUUGGCAAUUAUUGUCAUGUUUCGUGCCUAACACACGGUACCCAAUUGAUAUAGGUUUUCACAGUAGAUAAAUGUAGUUUUUUUAUUGCGUAAUAAAAUAUUAGGAAAAUAUGAAUUAAUUUGCUAUCAUUAUUUCAUUUUAAGAUUCAAUUCACGAGUUUCUCUGUCGACACAGCAUACAUGUGAUGGUGUGGAAUGCUACUGAUGACGCGGACAGUUAUGUCCGUGCUACUGCUGUUCAUGUGAUUGGUUCCCUCGUCUGUCAAUCACAGCUUUGGAUAUCACUUCUUCAAAUCAGUCAUUUAACCGAGGUAUUAAGUAAUAGAAACAAGCAGGAAGAAAUCGCAACCCCCCCCUCCCCCCCCCCCGCCGCAAGGGAAAAAACUCCUGGGCCGAGUUGUUCAAAGCCGGGUUAAGAUAACCCAGGUUUAGUGCGAGAUUUGAAUUCAGAUUUGAAAGCUUAAAAAGCAUUUCAGUUUUAGUUCUUUUUGUCUACAAGUUGAUGAUUGGAAGCUCUAAAAAAAACAGAACCGCAAACCAUACGUACAUCUCAUCUCCCGCUUUUUCAAUAAAAUGGAGCUGAGCUGUCCUGGACUGAAUUUUGUCCAAAAUUUAAAGGAAAUACAUUCUAAUGUCUUAACUUAUGUUAGUGCUUAUGCUCCUUCUGUGCUUUUUAUAUUUCGACAGGAAAGCAUUUUGCAGCAGUUCUUGUCUAUUCUUGAGAACGAUGACGAGGCGUUCCCACGAAGAAGAGCCAUAGAAUGCCUUAGCUUAUGGGUAAAAGCGAGACAUCCUAUUGUGGAAAAACGUCUACAGCUUGGCCAGCCGCACCAAUUACAUUCCGGAAGAACCGUCGGCAGGAAUUUUAUAAGUCCGCCUAGGAUGAGAACAAACGUGGAAUUAUUAUCAGCAGACGAGCUUUCCGAGGGAAUUCCGAAGUCUGACGAUUCUCAGAAGUUGAGAGUUGUUAGUCAGUCGGAAGGUACGAAGGCAAUAACGAAAUUCGAAAUAGCCCGAAGUGUGUGUCACGCGUGUAAGGACCUUGACUGGGAAGUCAAACUUCGAGGACUUGAAUUUUGGGAGGCAGUGAUUGAUUCCUUCGUCUCUUUUCAAGGCAGCAGCAGGGAAAAGGCUAGCUUAAGGAGCAAAGCUAGCGUCGAGGAAGAAAUAGAUUUUGAAAAUAUGAAAGAACUCUUCCAGCUGCUUUUUGACAUGGGCGCAUUGAAUAUCCUGAACGAAGUUUUAAAUGACUGUGAUGUUAUGGUCUGUGAGAAAGCCCUGGAAUUAUUAGCUUCGUUGCAAAACAUUGCGAAUCCCGAAGGAAUCUACAACGAGCAAAGUAUCAAAACAUCUGGGGAAUUCCAGGAGUCUCUUGGAAAGAGCUUUGACUUUGAAAAGUUUAAGGACGUUUUGCGUUCUACAGACUUUCCUUCUCUGACCCAGUCUACUGAAGCUGCAGAUAGCUCGGUCAGAUCUGACCCUGUGUCUUUUAUCCAGGACAUAAUUUUAGCGGCUUCACAUCAAGACGAAAAUUUACUUGACUGUUAUUGA